CCGGCGUCGUCGUCGACAGAAGCGAUUCGUUAUUUCCCACGGACGACUCUAGUACCGCCUUCCUGGUUCGGGUAUUGAGCAACGAAGGUGAACGUGAAGAUUAUUUUGAUGGACAGCAUGAUCAAGAACUACAUGUUCCGUUCCCGGGAGAGGGGGCAAGAACCAUCCGAGAAAUAAGUGGAGAACUACGACUACCCGCAUCUCGGUCCCGCCCGACCUCUGCUACAAGUAAGUACAGCACGGUGACACAGCUGGAUGCUCGUCCUUGCUCAUCCCCCUCGGUCACGAGCGCUUUCACGGAAGUCAGGGAGGACAUGCAGCGCGAGCUUCUGCACCACAAGCGCGCUACCGUCGACGCGUUGCCGGCUUUAUUUUCGCUACCAAGAAAUACUGACCUGCCGGGGUUGAAGUUAGGCUCGGGGAACACGAACUCGAACAACAGCA